AUAAACCUUACAGUCAAAAUAAACUGCAGUAUACUGGGCGCGACUCUCCACAACUACACAUUCAGUUGGAUGUUGGGAUUGUAAUUUAGUGAUACAGUUACAAAGAAGAGGUUCAGGGCGCAAAGAUUGCAGACUAUUUAUUUAUAGUUUUGAAACAGUCUUUAUUGAUGCCCUCAAAAGCCAACACGGGACUGCCUUGUGUAUGAGCUUCGCAUCCUCACAUUUCCAUUACGCACAGGAGAGCGCUCACAUGCCUUCUGUUGGAGCCCUCCUUGAGCAGCGCGCCGGAAGAGCCUAGGUGACUCGGGGACCUCACGGAGGAAGGCGGUGAAACACGAGCUCCUUUCAUAUUUAUCACCUUGGAAAUGAGCGUUGUAUGUUUCCCCGCAUGCGUAAAAGCUGUACUAUUCUAAUGGUCAUGUCAUGGUUCGCGUCUUCCCGCUACUGCUCUACCCGGGGAGGAGUGUGGUGGUUCAGUCCCUCAAAAAGUUCAAGAUUCCCUUCAGUAAAGUCCUUUUAAAUUUUUGGUCUGUAAGUAUUUUUUUUUCCCAGCUGAACAUUGGAGUAGUCCCGCAAUGGCUAGGGUGCCCUGAGGGGAGAUGGAUUUAGAGGUGAAGACUGUGAACGGGUCGAGCUGUUUGUCCCAGAAUGAGAGCGACUGCAGACUGAGCGCUUCCUCCGCUGGAGUGUCCACUGCGCUGGCCAGCGUGCUGAUCUUCACCAUCGUGGUAGACAUCCUGGGCAAUGUCCUCGUCAUCCUGUCCGUAUACAGGAACAAAAAGCUCAGGAAUGCAGGCAACAUCUUCGUGGUGAGUUUGUCCGUGGCAGACCUGGUGGUGGCGUUGUACCCCUACCCUCUGGUCCUUACAGCCAUCUUCCACAAUGACUGGACCAUGGGUGACCUGCACUGCCAGGCCAGUGGCUUCAUCAUGGGCCUAAGUGUCAUUGGCUCCAUCUUCAACAUCACGGCCAUCGCCAUCAACCGCUACUGCUACAUCUGCCACAGCCUCCACUAUGACCGUCUGUACAGCCUGAGGAACACCUGCUGCUAUGUGGGCCUCACCUGGAUGCUCACCGCCAUCGCCACAGUGCCCAACUUCUUUGUGGGCUCGUUGCAGUACGAUCCGCGCAUCUACUCCUGCACCUUCGCCCAGACGGUCAGCUCAUACUACACUAUCUCAGUGGUGAUUAUACACUUUCUGAUCCCACUGCUGGUGGUGUCCUACUGCUACAUGAGAAUAUGGGUGCUGGUGAUUAAAGUGAAACAUCGGAUUAAACCGGAGCAAAGGACUAAAAUGAAACCUAGUGAUGUGAGGAACUUCUUGACAAUGUUUGUGGUGUUUGUGUUGUUUGCAGUGUGCUGGGCUCCACUUAACCUCAUAGGCCUGGCUGUAGCUGUAAACCCUGCAGCAGUUGCGCCCCAUAUACCUGAGUGGCUCUUUGUCACAAGCUACUUUAUGGCGUACUUCAACAGCUGCCUCAACGCCGUCAUAUAUGGCCUACUAAACCAAAACUUCCGCAAAGAAUACAAGACAAUCCUUCUCGCUCUUUGCAUCCCACGUUUGCUCCUCGUGGAGACCUCCAGGUGUGCAACAGAGGGACUUAAGAGUAAACCAUCACCAGCUGUAACAAACAAUAAUGUAGCAGAGAUAAAUGUAUAAACUAAUGUUUUACUGGGAAACUUCAGUUAAGUUUCUCUAGAGCCUCAAUGUGAAUGUGUGACACGAUUCACCCAGUGCCUUUUCACAUGAUGUAAUCAUGUUUGGAGAGGAUGCCAUCGUAUUCCUUUCAGCCAUGUCAGACACUAUUCCCUCAUGUUGAGAGUAAAAUAAAUCCGUUGUAUCAUUGGUACAUUGUGCUCCUUUGUGGCAGCCUCCCUGCACCUACAGUUAAAGACAUACCAGCUAACUGGUUAAUGAGCAGUAUAAAUUCAGAAAACAAGGUAAUAUUCACUGAAAAAUAUUUGAACCAUGAGGCAGCACUGAGAAUUUCUGUCCUAAACUCAUACACAACAGCCUAUUAUUUGGAUGGGAGACUACACUUUUCAAGUCACAUCCCAGCAUGUGUACAUCAUGGGCACGGGAAUGACUCAGUGCCUAUUUGCACAGAUUGAUUAUGAGUAUGUCAACAACAUAGUGAAAAUAAAAUAAAUGGUUUUUUUUCCUAUUCCCUGUCUCUGCACUCUUAAAAGUCUGCUUGGUUAUUUACCUUCAAUACAAUGGCUUCCUUUUAUUAAAUGCUAAAUUAUGAAGGAUUUUAUGCUUAUGGUUUGAUUUAAUUGACUGAGAAUAUUUAAAGUGGCAUGGGCGCCAAUCUGGAAACUGAAAAAUAUUUUUAAUUCUGUAAAAGCCAUGUUGAAGUUUGCAUCUUAUAUUUCAUCCUCUGUGUAUGAAUACCUCACUCUCCUUCUCCCUGGGAAUAUAUGCUGUAUUAAUUUCACCAUGAAGCUGUUUCACCCUCAGGCUUGUGAGCUUCUGAGCGAUGAUGCCCCCACAAAAAAAAAAAAAA